UUUCUCAAUCCUAUUUAAUCAAUUGAAAGCAUAGUAUUGCAAGACGCCAACAUUCAUUCAGAAUCCAUUCUAAUUAUUUAAUCAUGGCUGAAGAUUUCAAGCCGCUAAAAGGCCAUUGCACAUGCAAAACCAUAACCUAUGAAGUCCUUGCUCCAUUCCUCUGUGUCCAUUGCUGCCACUGCACCUGGUGCCAACGCGAAACCGGCACAGCAUUCGCUUUAAACGCCAUCAUCGAGGCCUCAAACGUGCGCAUCACUUCCACGACCAAGCCCCUUGAUGUCGACACUACUUCUGCGUCUGGUGGUGGCCAGAUGAUGGCUCGGUGCCCGAACUGCUAUGUUGUAGUCUACAGCGACUACAGCGGAAGUGGUAAAUGGAGGUUGUUUGUAAGAGUAGGGACGCUGGACAAUGAAAGUAAACAGGUUGUCAAGCCGGAUGUUCACAUUUUUACGUCGACGAAGCUUGAUUGGGUCGAUUUGACGGGGGAGAAGGAAAGAGGCAUACAGGUCUGCGAAAACUAUUAUGAACGAGAUCAGGUGUGGAGAAAGGAAUCUUUGGAUAGGUUCGAAAUACUGAAGCGAAAGAUGGAUGCAGCGAAACAGGGUGAGAACGACAAUUGAAGAAGGAGGGUGAGAGUCUCCCCCUCGUCUCCCUCUCAUUCGAAUCGUGUGAGGGAGCUAUAACUUGUAUCUGGGACGACUUCGUCUGUUCCACACCAAAAUAAACAAGAAACUUCGAGGCUCCUUGAUCAUUAUUCAUAUCGUCGCUUACUGCAAUUGCAAUCUUCAAAGGAGAAAUGGGGUCGGUCUGGUUAGGCACGCGCUCAUGUUUUUGAAAGUACUAUAUAAAACCCCAUGUAGUCAGUUACCAAGUCAAAUCAUGUGCCAAUAAUCUUUACGUAUGUACUCGGCGUAGACAGAAGUUUCUAGCUUAUGUACAUUCGCACUCAACGAAACCCUGAUUGCAG